AUGGCCACGCGAAAGCAGCCGUCGCAGGGCGCGACGCCGGACGCUGCCGCUGCCCAGCCUCGGAGGCCCCGCGUCCUGGUCGCCGCCUCCGGCAGCGUGGCGGCGAUCAAGUUCGAGAUCCUCUGCCGGAGCCUCGCCGAGUGGGCCGACGUCCGGGCGGUGGCGACGGCCUCGUCCCUACACUUCAUCGACAGGGAGUCGUUCCCAAGCGGCGUCGCCUUCCUCACCGACGCCGACGAGUGGUCCGCCUGGGGGAGGAUCGGCGACGAGGUCCUGCACAUCGAGCUGCGCAAGUGGGCCGACGCCAUGCUCAUCGCGCCGCUCUCGGCAAACACCCUGGCCAAGGUAGGUACUGUAAUACCGUGGACACACCUGCGGCGUUCUGUGCUGUUCUGUUUUGAUUUUUUUUUUCUCUCGAUCUGCCGCGCUCAGAUCGCCGGCGGGCAGUGCGACAACCUCCUGACGUGCGUGGUGCGCGCGUGGGACUACAGCAAGCCCAUCUACGUCGCGCCGGCCAUGAACACCUUCAUGUGGGACAACCCCUUCACCAGGCGCCACCUCGACGCUGUCGCCGGCCUCGGCGUCUCCCUCAUCCCUCCGGUGACCAAGCGGCUCGCCUGCGGGGACUACGGCAACGGCGCCAUGGCAGAGCCCACCGAGAUCUGCAGGACCCUCACGCUCUUCUUCGGUUCACAAGAGCCACUCUGA